UUAGUGUCCCGUAAUACGAAAGGCGAAUGUGACAUGCGUCAGUUAAAUGUCAAACUUCACGCAAACUCUAGAGGGAGCACUUUCUAAGUUUCUAUUGAUUUUCUUUUCAUAUCAGUGAGGAGGAUCGCGUACUUUAAACGAUAUAAAACUAUUAGUUGCAAACUUGCAAAAUGACCGUACUUACCAACCCCUUUUCGAGCAAAAAAGACAAGCUGAUUACCCCAUUAGUGUCGGACGGAGCUGCCGAAGCGACCACAGAAAACGAUGUGGAGGGACAAAACCCCACCGUGCAACGCAGAAUCAUCAUAUUUCCAUUCCAAGUUAAAAGAGUCUCUGUGGCGACAGUACUUUGCUUAUUAAUUCUUGCCUUGUUGGGGGUCAUCUUUGGAAAAUUAUUGUAUUUGCAUUAUAUGGCAUAUCUUGCAAAAGUCGAAUGUGAAGAUGCUUUUAAUGCUUCACAGGGCUUAGUGAGGAUCCCUUUGCAAGAGGAUGGGGAAGACUUCCAAGAAAAUAUGCAAAUAGAUCGGGAGAAUAAGUAUGAGACAAUUGAUGUGCCUAAUUUUACUUAUGGGAGAAAUGGCAGGUUUAUCCAUGAUUUCAAUACUAACUACACCGGUAUUGUUGAUCUUACAGGCAACAGAUGCUUCGUUAUGCCUUUGGAUAGAAACACUGUUCUACCACCAACUUCACUCUAUGAUUUGGUACAUAAAAUGUGGGAUGGGUACUACAAGGUUAACACUCAAGUCGUUAGAGAAACCAUGAAGGUUGUGUUACCACCAAUUACUGAUACAUCUGAUAUUGGGCAAUAUAUUGCAUCAGAGUGUCAAGACAUGACCAUUUAUAAACUGGAAAAAUAUGUUUCUGGGGUUGUAAAAAGGUCAGCAAAUCCAGAAGCAGAAGCUAAGUUUGGCCAGUUUGCUGGUAAUGGGAUUCUGGAGCUAAACAUUGUCAAUCUUGACUCUGUUAUGGAGUUUGAGAAAGACAACAAACAUAUCACCAAAUGAUUUAUUAAUAUGUAUUAUUGGCACUGUAUCCCAUUGGGACAGCCAUUAAAUAAAUUGUAUGUCUUAUGAGGUAGACGUUAGGUUGCUCAUUAUCGUUUAAUUUAAUACACCAAUAAAUAUUAUUUAUUUGUGACAUGUUAAAAUGUAUUCAUAAUUUUUAGGAAAUAUGUUUGUUCUGUAUGAAUAAAUUUUUUUUAACAUUA